AUGGCUCAGCAUCAAGACUUUCAAAGAAAAGGAGGUGCUGAUCCUGAUCAUCAGAUGUCAAGAAAUCAUGCCCCUCCUCCUCUAAGUAUUGAAGUGCCUAAAAUGAGUGAUCUUCCAAACAAUUUAGAACCUUGGAGUGAUGUCCAGCUCCCUGUUGACAUUCUUUUGUUGACAGUCAAAGACUGCGAGUUUUUAGCUUGUUAUACUUUCUUGAAAAAUUCUGUUAAAAGUUAUCACCAGACCCUGGGAUGUGUGUACUUUGGAACCAUGGGUGAAAGUAGAGAGGAGACACUAAAAGUUGCUUUGAUGAGAUGUCAUGAAGGCUGUUCUGUGCCAGGUGGCUCUCUAGUCACUGUUAAGAAUGCAGUGCAGGAACUGAGACCCAAGGCUGCUUUCUUAGUAGGCUUUUGCAUGGGAUUAAACCCGCAAGCCACCAAACUAGGGGAUGUAGUGUUAUCCUCCAAACUUUUAACUGAAGAAUUUGCAACUCCAGUAAGAAGAAAUAUCGGCAACCUUAACUUGUUUGCAGUAGAAGGCUGGAAGCCACCAUUACAAGAUCCAGUAGGUGCACAUGAAGAAACUGAAGUACAGGUACACCGUGACAGUGUCAUAUUAUGUGGUAGUCAAUUAUUCAUCACCAAACAAUGCCGUAUGUCUCAAUCUCAUGUGGUUGCAGUUGAAAGGGAAGGAAAGGUAAGAUUAUAUGCAUAUUACAGAACUAUAUUAAUUUUAACAAUUUGAUGUAGCAUUCAGUUUGAGGUCUAUAGAACUCUAAAUUGUCCCUCGGCAACAGUAUGUGACCAUGGCAGUACCACAGUACCGUCGCAGGGGGGGGGCUACUUUAGGAAUUUGUGGGUGGUGAUGUGCCGCUGGGACCCUGGAACCCUUAACCUACACCAGGGCUAGUUCAGCUGUAUUUUGCUACCCUAUACUAAAGUAAACUCCUCAAAUCCCCUAUCCUAGAGUAGCUGUUUUCCAGAAACUACUGAGGUCACUAGCGCAGUCUAGCCAAAACAAAACCUUAUAUCACAAUCCCUAGUCUAGAUAAAAUCUUUAACCAACUGAUCAGUUUCCUGAAAAAUGAUACCCUAUUCUAGACCCGAACACUCUGAUUUAUAUACCCUAUCCUAGAGUAAACUGCUUGAAAACCAUACCCUUCACAAUGGCACAUACCUAUAUAGCCCAUAUAUGGCAGUAUACCCCCCUCUGCCGGGAGUACCAUAUACUGUUUGACCAUGGUGAUGGGACCAACAGACCAGGUUAUUCUGGGGAUAGUUUACAAUGAUUAUUACUGUGCACUGGGAACAGAAAUUAUUAAGCUUAAAAUAUUAUAAAUUUUAGUCACUACACUUCAGAGAAAUAUUUUGAGCUUUUACCUCUUUGAGAUUCUUGUAUACAGUGGAUUGAAUAAGGAUCAUUGUCAUAUUGUAUGAUUUUUUUUUUCUUUUCACUUACAGGCCUAUUUGCUGCAGCCCAUGAUAUGAACAUUGAAUGGGUGAUUGUUAAAGGGAUAUCACAUUUUUCUGAUGAUAGCAACACUCCUGAUGAUUCCUGGAAGUCAUUUGCUUCUAUCAUGGCAGCUUCUGUUGUGUCUAACAUGUUAAAUAAUCCCGUUGUUUUUAAAGAAUGGCCUCACUACGAAGGUAUGUCACAUCCCACCCUGUACUAGUUAUUGAUUAUUAAUUAGUGAUGAAUUUUCUGUUCAGAUAUUUUUAUGUAGACUGGUUCAAUAAUUAUUAUCCUUGGUUCACAUUUUUGUCUGUUUCAAACUCAAAUCAACCAUUAAUAUUAAAAUACCAAAUAACAAAGGCCAAAAGAAAAAUUUGUUUUUAGGGCUUUUCAAAUUUACAAUACUUUUUUUCAUUACAGACUUGACAACAAGGAAUCAGCCAGAGACAACCACAAAGCCAGACAAACAGAUACCAGGUAACUAUCCUGUCAGUGAAAUUACACUAUAUCCAGGAGUUUUUCCAGAUUAAAAUGAUUGAACCCUGGUUUCAGUAGAAAUAAUUCUAAUCUUUUGAUGUAGUUGUUUGUCGCAUCUAGAGCACAGGUUCUCUUCUUAUUGUGAGAGAUGUCUUUGCCAAGAGAGCAGUCUAUUUUAAUUUGCCUGGUGUUUUAUAACCCAUUUUUCUUUCAUGGAAAUUUUGCUGAAAAAUGCUGUUGGAAGCUCAUUUUUUAUCCAUUUUCUGGUCCCUAUCUAGCCAAAAAGAUCAGCCAAAAUUUUCUAAAAUGCUGUAAGUUCUACACUACCUUUUGUUCCUUAUGCUAAAAUAAAGUUAAUGUAAGUGUUGGUUUGAAAAUUGACACAGCGCCCCUCAACUUUUCCCUGUUUCUUUCUCUCCUCCCUACUAAUUCUAUCACUUUCCCUGCCCCAUUUUUGCCUUAUCUUGGGGAUUUACUAGGCUUCUUUCAGGUGAGACUACCCUGGGUGCCAGAGACUUUCCUAGCGCGGUUUCGGUUUCUGUCAAGUCUUUAUAGUGACCCGCGUUUUUUCUCGUGGGGUUCGCUGCUCGUGGCUUCGGCCUACGAAGAAAAUUCCCGCCGCACGCGAGAAAAACCUCUGGUACCCAGGGUAAGGUGAGACAUGUUUUCGGGAAAACAUUUAGCAUCAUCAAAUUAUUUUGAAGGAAGAGCAGAUGAGCAAUGAAUUUAACUUCUUGAAAGAAGUUGUCUUUGUUUCAGCUGUGUUUGAAUUAUUUCAAUAAUUUAGGAACUGUCUAAGGAAAUCCACAAAAUUGAAAAUGAUGUUGUGGUAUAGUCUCAGUCUAUCUAUCCACCCACACACCCACCCAUCUACAGCUAGCUCUGACCUGCUCACCAUAUGAGUCACCCAUAGCUCAGUGGUACCGGUAUCUGGAAGGUUGUGGGUUUUAUUCCAGUUGAGGUUUUGGAUUUUUUUUUUUAUCAUUUCUUUGUUGUACCUAAUUUUUAUUUUUGGCAAUCAUUAAGUUAUUGAAAAAAAACUUCUUGAAUUGACAAAAAUCUUUGUUAACAGAUGCUGUAUGCCUUGAGGAGUGCCAGAAACAGCUGCGAUCACUUUACGAAACCAGUAGCAAAGUCAAAAUCAUUCCAUGGGACCAGAACUCUGCUGUUGAUAUUGAUGAGAUCUACACAGACUUGUCUUGGUUCAAGGAUCACAGGACACCCAGUGGAGUAACACAAAAGGAACUUAACCACUACACUGAGAUUUUUGGCAGUAAAGGCCCUCAUCCUGCGCUAAAGCGAAUUUUGGUUUAUGGACAGCCAGGUAAGUGAGUGAAUUCAGAGUAGGAAUUGUCUUAAUUUAAUUAACAGGAGAAAAAAGUAUUCUCUGCCCUCGCCUGCCUUUAUUACUUUGCAUUCCCAACCAAAACCACCAUGCUAUGCAGGCUAGCGAAAAACAAGAACACAGGCACCCAUUGUUCUACUUGUAUAAUAAUUAUUAAUCCAGCGAUUUAUCAGCUGGUGCAUACGUGAUGUGCAGGUUUCUUGAGUUUUUUGCUGACAUUAUCAACAUUCCAAGUGGGGUAAUUUUUUACCAUACUGUCAAACCCAAUGAAAAGUUUGGUUUGUUGCCAUUGUAAAUAAAUUAAAAGUUUAAACAAAGUUUUUCUGUUAAUCAGUCUGAUAAUAAACAAUGUAUUCAAUUGACUGUAGAGCAAUCAGAACAUACACUGUAGACUCCAGUUAAUGUUGUGAUAAUGGUAAUAAUAUUGUGACUCAAUUAAUCUGAAAUUCAAGUUUAUUAAAUGUAUGCUAAAAGGAUAAAAUAAAAAAAAAUCUUCCAAGGAUAAAAUUGUACCACAACCUUCACAAUAGACUAAUGGUCACUGGCAGUUUGGCCCAGUUGCUUGAAAGCCGUAGCACAAACUUGGGGUUAAAUUUUAACCUGGGUUUCUUUUUCUUUUUAACAAAAGCAUUUUCUUGGAUAAUUUUCUCUAUUCUUUUUAGAAUAUCUAAUCAUCAAAUUUUAGAUAAAAAGAUUUAGACUGAAUUUGCUUUUCAAGCUUUCAUUUCUGAAUUCAAAUUUCGCACUAACCGGCCCUGGGUUGAUCUUAACCCAGGUUUGAACAACCUGGCCCUAAUAAUAAUAAUAUUAAUAACUUUAUUUUAGUGUCAAUGUAUUAAGCUUAACAGUUAGCUAAUUGGGGACACUUUCCUAAGUGCUGGCACUAAUCUACUACAUGAUUUUUAAAAAUAGUCUGUGACUUGUACUAUGAAGGAUUCAAUUCCAUUGUCUUUAUGAGAACAAUUUUGAAUAUGUAAAAGAGAUACCAUUAUCGACAAAUGUAACUGUAUGUAAAUGUAUCUAAGAAUUCCAAAAUGCCUCCUUUGAGGCAGGGAAACUUAUUUUUGGUAUAACUUAAUGGAGGCAAAAUGCCACCCUGCCACCCAUUACUUGCUCUCUCUGCAUUGGUUUAAAAAGUUUAAACAUAAUUCCGUUAAAAAUAAAAUAAAAUAAAUAAACUCUCCUAAAGUUUUAUGACAAUUAUAUAUUCACAUGUUAAUAUUUUAGAUUCCACUUCACAUGACAUAACAAAUGAUAAAAGUAAACUGACAAAUCUGUUGAAGACGUAUUGACAAUUUGUUGUUAUUGUCACCUAGGUAUCGGCAAGACUGUUUUCACCAAGAAAGCAACUUUUGACUGGUCCAAGCAGAGGUAUUCAGAAACAUUAGGAGCAUUUGAACUUGUCCUUCUGGUGAGAUUACGUGACGUAGGUAAUCUCCAAGAUGUUCCGUCUAUUCUGAGGGUUUCUGAAGUGCUGGAUGGUGAUGGUGCAAUUUCCGUAGACAACCUGUAUGAUUACGUUCGUCGCCAUCAAGAAAAAGUCUUGCUUAUCUUGGACGGCUACGAUGAGUAUGUUUACAGUUCAAAAAACGAGUCGCCUGUCUUCAAAAUCUGGAAAAAAAGCCAAUUAAGAGAUUGUUGUGUUGUAAUUACUUCAAGGGAAAUGAAAGCUGAGACGUUGAGAAAUUUUAGUGAUGCUCAAUUCAAAAUUGACGGCUUUAAUCGUCAACGUCAAGAAGAGUUCGCUCGCAGAUUUUUGAAAGAUGAUGAAGAUAUUGCAGAUUUUUUUAUGUACUUAUGGCAGCACAACCUAAGUGAACUAGCACAAAUUCCCCUACUGCUCUUAAUGUUGUGCUUGCUCUGGACAAAAACAACACGUGAAGAACUACCAAAAGAACGCGCAGACAUCUUCGCCCAGUUCAUGACAACCAUGUUUGAUCACAUGUGUGAAAAAAAGUCUGCUGAAGAAUCGGUUUCUGCCAAAGAUUACUCAGAUGAAUUAUACGCAUUAGGACGCUUGGCCUUUGAAGCCCUUUUGCAAGGCCAGCUUUAUUUCCCUGUUAGUCAGUUACCUGCUGGCUACAGUUUGAUCGAGAGGCUGAUUGAAGUCGGCCUUUUUCAGGUUUUAAAUAUGGCGAGUUUGAAUCGUGAAAAAGGCGUGUACUUUAUUCACAAAUCCGUACAAGAAUACCUGGCUGGGAAUUUCCUGAAAGAAGAGCUGACAUCUAAAAAGGCUGAAAGUACAAAUUCCCUCUUAAAGUUGGACUCAGUUAAAAAGAUCCGAGAGAUGUUUGAGGUUUUAAAAUUUGCUGUUCAGUUGUCAGAAGAAGCCGCGCGCGAGAUUGUGAUUCACCUUGGAAAGAAGAGCGGACUGAAAGAGUUCAAAUUUGACAACGAAACACCGUCACAGGAGAACUUGUCAAAAGAACAAACAGAUUUUAUUAAUCUUUGUAAUCAAUUAUUUUUCUACUGCUCAGAUAAGACAAGAAAAAACCUCUUUCCUAUAUUUCUUUCCUCUUUAGGAGGAGUUCUUGUAAUUGAUGAAGAGGAACUAAAUGUUAUCGUAGAGGAAAAAUUAGUUCAAACCACCGAAACACCCAACUACGUUUUUUUUAAUGAAAGCAUUUAUAAAGAUUAUACAGAGCAGGACUAUAGUAAUUUAAUAAUUUUAGUACAACAAUUAAACGCAGUUAUUGUUAGCUCUGCAGGAGAAAAGAAAGCAUCAGAAUUUUUAAGCAACUCAACAUGGCGUAGGAUUGAUGAAUUUUUUUUAAAGAAAGAAGAAAACAACACUCACCUCUAUUUAGCUAAAAUUGUUAAAGAUGAACGUAGAGGCAUUCCUUUUCCUUGUGAUAUAAUAAAGGCGCUUAUUAGUAAACAAGAGACAACAAAGAAGACAAACAUGAAUGGUGAUGAGUCAAGUGAAGAGAGCAGCAGCAGCUGUUGUUCAAAGCGUCAUGGUCUCUCCAGGAUUCGGUGGAUUAGCGCUUGGGAUGUGAACAGGUCAGAAGUGGAACUGAUGAGUGAGAUGAUGGCGUUUAUCACCGCUCCACGCAAGAUAUGGGUUGCGGGUGAACACGGUGAAGUGUACGAUGCUGAGGUAACAGAGUCUCUGAUGAGGAGCAUCCAAGUAACACACAAACUGAAGCAAUUAACACUCUGUGGUAUCAAUGUAACAUCAUCACCUGCUGUGGAGUUAUUCAUCAACAAUUUAUUUAAAAAAGCACCAAACUUGGUGGAGUUCAGCAUGCCAUUGAAUCCUCUUCUGGGUGCAGGAGUAGACAGCUUGAUUAAACAUCUGAGCUGCGCUCCUCACCUGGAGACACUGAGGCUUGGUUUAGUGAAGAUGACUCCACAGCAGGUGAUGGAUCUGUCAUCAGCCAUCAAUCUUCGCGGCAACAACAGUUAUCUGGAGUCAUCCUACCACGUAAGUUUUCCAAUUUUAUCGCAAUUUGUUUCUUUAUUCUUUGUUUACAGUUUAUUUCUACUCAGCUCUUGCCUUUCGCCAUUUUCCUUUCUUUGUCAUUUUUAUGCUGGACAAAACACGAGAUUUACUUUUGAAAACAAAUCACAAACUUUAGCAGAUUCAAAGUAUCAUUUCAAAUUCAUUCCUUUCAAUUAAUUAAACUAAAUCCAAAAAAAUGUUUUAACCGAGAACAAGUAAAUUAAUGUGAAGGUGUUUUCACUGUGCAAAAUAAUGGAUCAGCGAGCAGAUAUGAAAUUUCUCUUCGAGUCUGGUUCAACUCGAUAUGAGCUCACUUAACAAACUUGUGAUAUAUGUAUUAACACAAAAAUUCCAUAGUAUUAAUAUCUCAAUCAAUUUUAAUUCAUUACUUUUUAUAAAAUGAUGAAUAACAAGCAUAAAGUCAAAAUAUGUUCUGUUCAUGUUCAAUUCAAACAAACAAAAUUUGCAAAAAUCAAGAGAAAAAAGUUAACCACUUACAGUUUCACUUUUAUCGCUAAGGUUUUGGUAAAAUCAGCAAAACUCAAGUAAAGUUUCUUUGAGAGUCCAGAAAACGAAGAAGUCUUUUUAGAGCUGUCCUUUUGUUUGAAUGUCCCUUGCGUUUCGGUAAAUGCUUGUCCUCCCGUAAAUAACCUCACUGUAGCGUAGGUUUUUGAGAUAGCGUUCCACAAAAAAUAUAAUUCCUCGGAGACACUUUGGUUGAAAUUUAACACCAUACAUUUAAUCAUAGGUAAAAGCACUCCUCUAUGGUACUAGCUGCCUAUUUUUGUCGGUUACUUGUUUUCCAGUUUUACGACGAACACAACAAAUCCUGCGUCACUUCGUGCCUUGUAUGAAUGAGUUGAAGUUCAUAAAUGUAGUUUCCUUUAGCUUGCACAAAUCCUUUGACAAAUUCCUGAGUACACAAGACGAAUUUUUCUCUUAACUGGCAUUUUACGGUGUUUUCUCAUUCUUUUUGUGUCCAUCUUGAGUAUUUUUGCGUUGAAAGUUUUCUUUGAUGAGCAAACUCAAGUGAAGUGAAAAACAAACUACAAAAUCAACAAACUGUCAUUCAAAGUGGCGUGUAGAAGGCUUGUGACGUGGUGACAGCUGAUUGGUUAUAUAACUACCCACGUGGUAGAAUUUUCCCGCCUUUCAUUUGGCAGCGCACCAAGCGUUUCUUCAGACGAGACGCAGGUUUUUCUGCGCCUCCCCUCCCAACCCCCCCACUAAGGAAAAACUGAUCUGUGAGAAUUUUAUCAGACCAAGAGUUAAUAGAAGAAAGGGCUCCAAGGUUUCAGUAAUUCGCACAUUUUAAGAGUAUAUUAUUUGAUUUUGCUGUUUUGAAAGUCUUGCAUGCAAAUUUUAGGGGAUGAAAAGUAGAAUGUGUUCUUUAAGCUGCGAGCACCUUUAGAGGUGCGUCCAAGAAGUCAGAUGCAUUUUUUGUUGGUUUUGUCGUUUUCCCCUCUUUUUCGUAUUUUUAACUCCUUUUUUCAACAGAACUUUAGUUCGUGAGGCCCUUGCUUCUUCUGUAUGUAGGUAAUUUCUAAUCACUAUUAAACGGCACAAAAAUUCGGAAAUUUGGGGUUGACAAGGAAAAAUCAGGAACUUCUUGCGCAGCAACCUAAAGGCUGGUUUACACAAGCGACGGAGUCGGAGUUGGAGUCGUAAGAUCGCUUAUGACCUUGUGAAAAUAAAAAAUCGGAGUCGUAAGCGGAGUAACCUGAGAUCAGGUUCUGAUUUCGUUUCGCUUUGAAAAUUACAUUCGUGCGGGCAAGGCGAUUUUUUUAGCCUUAGCCGUUGGAGAGAAUGCAUGAGAACCGCUAAAAUUGGGCCUGAUAUCAGGUUACAAGCGGCGUGAUAAGCGCGCCGGAAUCGGAGUGAGAAGAAUUAAAGCGUUUCCAUUUCUUCCGACUCCACUUACGUUCCGCUUAUGAUCUAGUGAAAACCAGGUUGUCAGAAUUGGAAGCAGAAGCAGAAGGAUAAACCAAUCCCGAUGCACGUUCUCACGCUUUGUGAUUUGUUUGGUUCUUCCGCUUCUGCUUCCGACUCUGACAAUCUGGUUUUCACUAGAUCAUAAGCGGAACUUAAGCGGAAUCGAAAGAUGUUUUUCGACUCCGACUCUGUCGCUAGUGAAAAGCAGCCUUAAUUUUGAGACACUCACAAGAAAGUUUUUUAGCGCAGCAGUACUCGCAAGACCAUUCAGGACGAAAGUACUGUUUAGGGCAUGUGGAUAUUACGACUUUGAACUAAAUAAGGCCUCGGAACGGAUUGCAAAAUGAGCAAAAUCCCUUGUUUAGUCCUAAAUAUAACUAAAUUAGAGAAGAAAAACGCCUUUAUCGCAAGCAGAAAUUUCUAUAGUAGUACUUUGACUAUGUGUUUUAGAAAUGACCUCUUUUCGGGGUGGAAUCGGCUUGAGCUUUACUCAGAUUGGUCUCUAAGUCCUAAGAGUGAUCAACAUGAAUUUUCUCUUAACAAUAGAAGUAAUGAACUGAUGAACAAAGGAGAAGUAUUUUGAUCUUUUAUCAAGUUCUCUCAACUAAUUCUAUAAGGCAAUGUAUGGACACUAGUGUGGAGAAUUUGUAUUUUUGUAUUGGGGCUUAAUGGGUUAAGGGUAAAAUUCUAGUUCUCCGAUGAGCCUUCACGCCCCCUUUACAUAGUAGUUAACCCCUGGGCUUAUUUUUACCCUUUAAUUGCUUAUCACUUACAGAAAGGUUUUAACAUCUAGACUACACUUUCGAUCUUUUAAACGUUGCUUUAAAAGUUGAAUUGUGCUAGUGUUAUUUUGUGUUUUGUUGUAGGAUGAUAAAGGGAACCCCAAGCCAGAACAUGACUGGCCAUCAGAGGACUAUUGGAAAAGGCGGUUUCCCUGGCUCGUUUCUCACUCAUCAAAUGAAUCACAGCCGCAAAGGCAUCAGGUUGGUCAUCAACUUUAGCAAAAGAAAAUCGAGUAUAAUAUUCCCCGAGUUUGGUUAUUUCUUGGGGAAAAAAAAACUGAAAAAAAAACAUUGCGUUUAAAAACGUAUGGUUUUUCUUCAAUUUUUCAGGGGUUCACUUAUUAAAAACUGAAACUGAGGGAACAGGAAAUAUGUUUUGUUUCAUAGUGGUUUCAGGGUGUUGUUUUUUUCUAGUCGCGAUUUCAAAAAAACCGAGUCAAAUUAAAACAGUGCAGUUGAAUAUAAGCCUUACUAACAAUAACAAGUUAUUUCUGUGGUCUUAGACUCUUAGCUCACUUCUUUUAAAAAGUGAGCUAAGUCAUACGGAAACCGACGGUUCUCUUACAACGAUAGCUUUAGUUGUGGAAAUUACUGUCCGAACAAUAUUGCAACGGACUGCAAUUCGUUUCGGAAAUGUUGAGUGUUGUGUUUUUUUGUCAGGUCGAUUCAUUAUCUGAAUCUGAGGAUGAGGAAGAGGAAGAGCGGGUGAGUUAUCGGCUCUAAAACACAAUGAGUAGCCGAAUGUGUAGCCGAGUGUUUUUUGCGAGUUUUUGAUAGUUGAUAGGUUGGGUUUGUUUUUAUUUACUUGUUUGUUUGUUUGUUUUUUCCUUUUCUCGGCCAUGUUUUAUCAGAUUUAAAUCUUGCCUUAAAUUUUAAUUUAAUUUGAAUUUUCUUAAUGAAGUAUUGUUGAUGUUUUUUUAAGUUUUAUGGUAUGACUUUAAACGUUACUCUUCCUAACAUCUAAGAUUUUUGAUAUAGAUUCACUUUUUUAUCAACAGGACUUGCGUCAGUUAUUUGGUUCCUUUAUCUUGGAAAAUAGUGACACUAUUAGAAGAUUAGAGUUGCUGUCGCAUUUUCAAUUUUUAUUGACUUGAAUCAGGGACUAAAACUCUCGUUUUGUACAUGAAGACUGAAAUAACGAUCCUAAAAGAUAAGAAAAUGGAAGGUGUAUAAUGUUAAGUAUGUAAUUUUUAGACUUGCUCACAAGUCGAGCUUUUGAGCGCGUAGCGCGACUGUGAGCGCGAAGCGCGAUCGUAAGCGAACGACUUUGAGAAAGUCUAUGUAAUUUUUGGCAGUAUGAGAAAGGAAUCAUCCAGUCUGAAGAAGAAACAGCUGAAGAAAUGUCAUCAUAUGAAUCAGAAGACAACCAGGACCAG